AUGUCCUCAUUGAGUCUCCCGGAGUUGCUUAGCCGCGCCUUGGCCACGGCACUGACAACAAGAUCACCCCUUGUAUUUCAUUCUUUGAGGAAAACAAGUUCUUCUCCAGGAAAAAAGUUGGAACUAAUCAAACAAUCACUGAAGAAGCCAAAGUUACCAGAAGGUUGUUUUGAUGCGCCCGAAAAUUCCCACUUCGAGAAGGAACCACUGGAAAAGUUUCCAGAUGAUAUUAAUCCAGUUACCAAAGAAAAAGGUGGACCCAGGGGCCCAGAACCUACACAAUACAGAGAUGGGGAACAAAAGGGUCGUUGUAUUAAUUUUUAA